CUGCCUUCUCGCCCACUCUCGACAAACCCAUUCGAGGCUCAGCCUUCGUGGACUGAAGUCGCCCAAGUAACUCAGCAGAUAUUUUGCCACAACCUCCUUCUCUUUGUCCGUCUGGUUUGAGCAUGUCCGCGUCCUCGCAGACCGUCCAAAAUGUUGCGGAGCAAGCCUUCCUCGUCAAUGCAAAAGACUUACGAUGAGGCCUAUCUUCAAUGUUCUACGGCGGUAUUCUUUGAAGGCCAGGGCAAUGAGACCGAGGCUCUCCGGUCAUGGAAGGCAGCACUCGAUCAAAUCAAUCAUUAUAAGGCAUACAAACUCUCAUCCAGUUACUCGCCCCGAUCCGAAACUGAGCGGGCUCUGUACGACUCCUUGAGGGAACUGGAGGUACAAUGCAAGGAACGAGUCGAUCUCCUCGAGACUCUGAAGAGAAGUCGCGAAGAGCUGGGAAUAGAAUCCCGCAAGGAAGAGAAGGCAGAACAAAAGAACGGAGGCGGAGUUGGCAAUGGCAGUGGAAGUACAAGCGGCAGUGGCAGCAGCGGAAGGAAGCGUCUCGGGAAGAGUAGAGGGAACCCCUCGAUAACGACGCCCCCAACCGCUGAACAGCCUGGCUCGUGGCUCGGAGGAGAGACGAUACCGCCAAUGCAAAUGUCUGAGCUGCCCAAUGCCACACCUGCGUUACCUCCACGACCGCCGCUGGGCGUCACCAGGAGCAGCGAGACUGUAGCACAUGACAACACCUCUCCGAUAUCACGGAUUCGAUCGUCACCUUUAGGUCCUCCUCCCGCCUUAUCGGUCCCGAGCAUGAAGGCUUCCAGAAGUCCCAGUCCUGAUCACGGCAGAAAGACGAUGCGGACGACACUGCGCCCGGAGAAGAGGGGCUUCAUGAAGUAUCGAUCGACUUCAAAUCGUGACAGAAGAACCGAGACCAUGAAAGCAGCGGGUCUGGCAUGGGAAUCCCAGCCUCGGAAGAACUCUCAGCCCAACCAGCGACCAGAUUCAGACUCCACGAUCGAAGCCAGAUUGAGCGCGACGGCUGCAAGACGGAGUAUCGACCAGGAGGCGACGGCCAGAUACGAAGAGCAUCGGAAGUCCAAUGCAUCGUCUCUGUUAAGUGUCCCUGAUUACCUGUCACAACAUACCACGCGUGAGAUUCCAAAUGCGGCUUCUGCACCGCCGCCGUCGUCAUUGAACAAGUCCAUGGAAAGUCUCAAAUUGACUCCGGAUUCUGCACCUAGCCUUAUCGACCUUGACUCAGAACCUGAAAAGUCGCCGCCUCCGCCACCGCAGCAUGCGCCACCGGCUGGUCAACCGGGUGCCAAAGCCAGAACCAGAUCUCCAAUCCAUUUACCAAAAGCGCCAGAUAUUACCUAUCGAAGAGAAUACCCUGCACGCGCACAUAACGUUCCUCAACCUCUCGCAAGGAAUAUCUUAGAGAGGGCUUACCCAAAAGUUGGAUCCGGUGGUGGUAUGCCGGGGAUAUCGCGGAAACCGGUGGGCACAGCGGAUACAGCGCUUGAGACAAGAGGGCGCUCCCCCCAGAAACGAGAUGGACAUUCCGACAGUGAAGACGAGGCACCCAAACGAAAUCUUGACAGGCCGAGACGAGGUCGUGCCGGCAGGACCGCGAGUGCCAACACAAUCACCCCACCAUCCACGGAUGGUGAGUCGCCAGAAGAGGAUGGUUUGUCAGCCGAGGAGAAGAGGAUGGAGAAUAUUCUGAAAAAUCUACCGAAAGGAGUGGAUGAAAAUGCCGCCAAGCAGAUUCUCAAUGAAAUCGUUGUCAAAGGGGAUGAAGUUCACUGGGACGACGUUGCCGGGCUUUCUGCUGCCAAAAAGGCGUUGAAGGAAGCAGUGGUAUACCCAUUCCUGAGACCGGAUCUUUUCAUGGGGCUGCGGGAGCCUGCUCGAGGGAUGCUCCUGUUUGGGCCACCAGGGACGGGCAAGACCAUGCUUGCAAGGGCCGUCGCAACGGAAAGCAAGAGUACCUUUUUUGCCAUCAGUGCUAGCAGUCUGACGAGCAAGUGGCAUGGCGAAUCAGAGAAGCUCGUCCGAGCCUUAUUUGCGUUGGCGAAGGCUCUGGCACCGAGCAUCAUUUUCGUCGACGAGAUCGAUUCUCUCCUGAGUGCCAGAAGCGGGUCAAGCGAGCAUGAAGCAUCCAGGCGGAGCAAGACAGAAUUUCUCAUCCAGUGGUCCGACCUGCAGAGAGCAGCAGCUGGCAAAGAUACGACUGUUGGGGAUGCUAGUCGAGUACUAGUGCUUGCCGCGACAAAUUGCCCGUGGGACAUUGACGAUGCGGCACGGCGAAGAUUUGUGAGGCGACAGUACAUCCCUUUACCAGAGGCAGAAACCAGAGACACACAGAUUCGGACGCUGUUAGGGCAUCAAAAGCAUGAUUUAAGCCCGGAGGACAUCGCUCGCUUGGUAGAACUGACAGGGGGCUACUCGGGAUCCGAUAUUACAGCGCUCGCCAAAGACGCGGCCAUGGGUCCUUUGAGACAUCUCGGCGAGGCUCUGCUGUACACUCCCAAAGAACAGAUUCGACCGAUCCAGAUGAUGGAUUUUGAAGCCAGUCUGGAUAGCAUUCGACCAAGUGUGAGCAAGAAAGGGCUGGAGGAGUUUGAGAAAUGGGCCAGAGACUAUGGCGAACGGGGGGGUUGAUGACCGGGGCGAAACUCAUUUCUGGGGGACUUUGUAUGGGGACAAGAUUUUGCAUAGCCGGAACGACGUCCAUGGAAAGUCCUAGGGUACGAAGACAAUGACCUGGGGCUCUAAUGCGAUUCAGGGUCAUGACUGAUGAUACCGUAUAGAUCACACGUAUGAAGGUUCGGAGUAUGUAAUUAUGUGUAUCUCUUGACGGUGACAUAAGGCCGGCAAGGCUGAACAAGGCUGAAUAUUGGCCAGGCUAAACCCAGUCCAGCCAAGAUUGACACCACCAAGCAACUGCCUG